AUGAGAGUCACAAUUGAACCCUACAAUCCCGAAUGGCCCCUGAAAUUCCGCGACAAACGCGACCAACUACUUGACAUUCUCCAAGACGUGAGCAUCACUUCGAUCGAGCACGUGGGAAGCACAUCCAUCCCGUCACUCAUGGCCAAACCGGUCAUUGACAUCGACAUUAUCAUCCCAGCUUCUUCUCUCGAAGCUGCACGAAAUGCCCUCAAAAACGCAGGGUAUGAUGACCUUGGCGAAUUGAAUAUCCCCGGUCGGUUUGUAUUCCGACAGCCAGGAUAUGGAAAGCUUGAUGCUGCCCAUGGAAAGGACAAAGAUGGGGAGGUACGGUAUAAUACCUACCUGAUGGUCGAAGGGUAUCCAUCCCUGAAGAACCACCUCGAUACUAAGAGGGUGUUGAUGGAAAAUCAAGAGCUGCGCGAAGAAUAUGGGCGUGUGAAGAGAAUGUUGAGGGAUACGGAACUCGAAAGCUUGGAUCACUAUACUUUUGCCAAGACGGAGAUUAUGUGUAAGAUUUUGCGAUCAGCUGGGUGGAGUGAGGAAGAUCUGGCGCCAUUGAUCGAGGCCAAUACUUAG